AUCUUAGAUCGAUAUCCUCUCCUGUUAUCCACGGUGUGUAAAAAUUCAAAGGACUACAUGAUUGACAAGCUUACAGUAAUUUUAUUAGAUUAAAGUACUAGAUAUUGCGAAUUCAAAUAUAUUAAAAUAUGAUAUUAAAUCUGUGAAAAGUUGUAUUUUGGCAGAUGAUUGGAUUUUAUUGUAUACCGUUAGUAGGACAUCCAAGGUAGUUCACAGUAGAUUAUCUGAAAAGUUUGUACUGUCAGUUUCAGUGGUGACAUAAUGUAAUAAACAACAGAAUGAAAAUGGCAGACGACACAGAAGAACUGAUCGACGCUGGUGAAGACAUAACAAUCAAAACCAGCACGCCAAGAUCUCCAAUAUCUUCAUCAGAGUUGGCAAAAUCUGCAGAUAAUAAGACGACAGGAAAGCAAAAAAAUAAAGAAAACAAACAAGAAGAUAAGAAUUCAAAGACACUGAAGAAUUCAACGAACAUCAAAGAGCAAGAACGGACUCAGGAAAAGGGUUUAAAAGAUAAAAAGGAAACAAAGAAACGAAAGCCAAGUAAUAAUGGAAGUGUCCAAGAGAAAGAUAAUACAGACGACGACGAAAGUGAGGAAGAGGAAACAGAAAUGACAAGGGAAGAAAAAGAGGACAUGUAUAAUGCAGCUAGGAAUGGCGAUUUUCUCACUCUUCACAACUCACUGGACAAAAAGAAUGCUGAUAUAAACAUGACAUGGUACAAAGAAAACCUUUUGAUGAUUGCAAUAAGAGCAAGACAAACAGAGAUGGCAGAGUUUCUGAUAGAUGUCGGUAUAGAUUACAACCAUAAAGCUAAAUAUUUCGAUUUAAAAGAAAAGGACAAAAAAGGUAAACGAAUAAGCUGUUAUGAAAGAAGUUGUCGAGAUCUAGCAUUCGACCUUGGAAAUGACCACAUUGUUGAGGUUAUUGAUGUUAAAAAUAAAAACGUGUUUCCUUUUGUGCGAGUCGAGCCGAGACAAACAUGGCAAAAACGACCUCCGCCUCCACCCUUGCCAAAACAUCUUCUUCCACCCAGUGAAAUUGAGAGUGAAGAGGAAGAUAACGAUACAUCAGACGGUGAAACUGAUUCUGGACAUCUGAGUGCACGAAGUCAAGACAAAAAUAACGAAUCUUCUUUAUCAGAUGUUCUUGACAAGCUCAAUGGUAAAGAUGAUGGAUAUGGAACAAUGUCUCCCUCUAUGUCGCCAUGUUUAGGAAAUUUUAAUCCACAUGUAUAUGUACCACCGGAAAAACCGGUAGUGAUGCAUAAACCGACAAAAGCGUCAAUGGCGUUGCAAACACACAACAAUCAAUUUUAUCAUAGACGACUCGUCAGCAAGAGUGCUCCCUCGAUGCGCAAUGUACAAGUUGUUGGAAGUUACGCACACGAGAAAAAACAAUGGGAACUACGUCGCGAAAAAUCAGAAAUGGAUGAUAAAAUAUCUGUUCAAAGUCUUCCAUUUUUUCUUACUCAUCCGUCAUCUGCCAGUAGCAGGCGGUCAUCAACUCAAACAACAGCGUCAUCGCCUUUAGCAGAAGUUUCGAAGAUUUUAGGACAAUCGCGACUAUUAAAACGAGAAACAGAGCGUCUUUCUACGCAAAGAAGUAAAACAAUUAUACCUUCAUUAAAGAUAAAUCAGUGGUGCCAUAACUCAAACAACGUUUUUAAUAGACUUUCAAAAUCAGCAACCAACAAAAGAAUUCAGUGUUCUAAUUUUAGCGUUAAUCGCGAAUUCAUCCGACACCAUCGGAGAUGAUUCUCUGCUUACGUUUACAUAUACAUAUCCACGUUAAAGUGGACAUCAAUUUCUAAAAAUAUUUAGAAGGUAGUUGAAAUCAUGAAAUCUGGAUUUUGAAAUUCAGUAGCAAAUAUUAGUGUGUUUAAAUAUUAAUUACAACUGUGUUGUCAAAACACCAUAUCUUUAUCAUUUAUUACACGAUACAUUUUUCAAACUGUCGUAGUUAAUUUUAUUCCAGAAACGAUAAAAAUGGUGAUAUGACGAUCAUUUAUUUCCGUACAAGAAGAUUUGAAAAAUAUCGCAUUCCUAUACCAAUAUAGUCUUAUAGUCUAUAAAGAAAACCGGCUAAAUGUCGGUUUUUUUUUCUGAAGAAAAAAAACAGGAUUCUUAGGCUACAUCAUAAUAAUAAAACCACAGAGAUAAAAAAAUGUAACUAACUGUUUUUCUUUUUACCCCCUGAUAGGAGAGUUUUUUAUCCAAACUUAUACGCUUUCAAUUUUUGAGAAUCUGAUAUCAUUUCGUUUUUGAUUUAGUACCUAUUGACCAGACUUUGAGUGUUUUGAAUUUGCUUUUUAUUUAUGUCUUUUUAUGCUGAUUUGUACAGUUUUCUCGUUGUUUUUUAUAUAUAAAAAUAAAGGGAUGUGUUAUGAUAACCAAUGUGACAACUAUCCACCAGAAUCAACUGACGUGGAUCAUGUAAACAAUUAUAGGUCAUCGUAUAUAUAGUCAUCAGCAACAAUGAGCAAAACCCAUACCGUAUUGUCAGCUAAUAAAGGCAUGCACAUGACAAAAUGUGAAACAAUCCAAAACGCCCUGAUGUAUAACAAAGCAAUUGAUGAAACAUAUACGAGUGACAGCAACCAACGACAACCACCGAUUUACCGACUCUUUACUUGGGACAUAGACAAAGACUGUGGCAGGUUUAAACAUGGUUGUGAGCGUUGGAUAGUCUCCCUUUGUUUUGUUUUUCAUAGUAAUCUGUGGAUUCUUUCGAUUUUAAAUCCUCCUCUAUCGUAGUUGUUUCAGUAUCUCCAUCUUGUUGUAUCUGUUUUGAUCUGUUAUGAUCAUGAACCUAUUUUCACGUGUUAUUUCCUGUAAUUAUCAUGAAACUAUUUUCACGUGUUAUUUCCUGUAAUUAUCAUGAAUCUAUUUUCACGUGUUAUUUCCUGAAAUGGUCUAUGUUUGUUAGUGUUGUAUAAUAGUGUUAUUUGUCGGGUAGUGAAUGAAAGUAUGUACAGACAAUUUUGACAGUUUUUUUCAUAAUUUUUCCCUCGUUUGUAUUUUAAUACACAUGUAUAGGUUAUACAUAUAAAAAAGAACCCCAGUAAUGGACGCUAUGGGUCGUCAUGAUCAUGAUUUAAGGGAUGAAGACUACAUACAGAUCAUGGUCAACAUAUGUAGAGACACAUAACACCAAUUUAAACUCUGUUUCUUUGAUAUAUAUGUAAUUGUUUUUUUAUUUGAUACAUAUUUUCACCCCCUUUUUGUUUGAUAGUUUCCAAAUUAUACCACGUGUUAAGUAGUCAUUGUAUAGGCACCUACUUUAAUUUACAGAGCCAGUGUUAUAUAUUAUCAGCUGACAAAUUCUGUUCAUUUUGCAAAAUACUCAUGUUACAGCAGAGUUGACCGUAGAUAGUUCAGGUCAAGGUCAUAUGACUCCACAUAAUAUAUUCUACUUUGCAUGUUCUUACUUUUGGCUGUGAGCGUUCUGUAUAAAGGAUAAUUAAAGACGUGCGUCAAAUAGCGUUGAUUUAGAUUUGAAUAAAUAUAUCAUUGUAUCUGAUCAUAUAGUCGGGAAGUGGAUUAUUGUUUUAUCCAUAUUUUUACGGUUUUAAUUAAAUUUGUUUGGUCUUUA